ACAAGUCAAACAGGAUAAAGAGCAGUGUCUCAUUUUCCCUUACUCUUUCCUAGAGUUGACACUCUCCGUCUCCUUCCACAGCUACGCCGGUUCCUUCAUCCUCAAAUCCUCCUCUUUCCGACGUCGUUUUCGCCUCUCUUUGUAGCCAAGUACCCUGGCUAUUGGGAGGGAACAUAUUUAGCUGUUAUUUGAGGUGUUUGCUGCCAUGGCUGGUGAAGAUUCAAAUAAAGGAAAAAAGAAAGAAGUCAAGAAAGAGACAGGUCUUGGUCUCUCUUCCAAGAAAGAUGAGAACUUCGGGGAGUGGUAUUCUGAGGUGGUUGUUUGUGGUGAAAUGAUUGAGUAUUAUGAUAUUUCUGGCUGCUAUAUCUUACGGCCAUGGGCAAUGUCCAUCUGGGAGAUAUUGCAAGCCUUUUUUGAUGCUGAAAUUAAGAAGAAGAAGAUAAAGAACUCCUACUUCCCUCUUUUUGUGUCCCCUGGUGUUCUACAAAAGGAAAAGGACCACAUAGAAGGAUUUGCUCCUGAGGUGAGGUUGCUUGGGUUACAAAAACUGGAGAAUCUGAUCUGGAAGUCCCCAUUGCGAUUCGACCAACAAGUGAAACAGUGAUGUAUCCUUAUUUCUCUAAGUGGAUAAGGGGACACCGUGACUUGCCCUUGAGACUUAACCAGUGGUGCAACGUUGUGCGGUGGGAGUUUAGCAACCCAACCCCCUUC